AUGGGGAUCACGAAAAUGAAGGACUCGUAUACUGAUGUUCUCAUCAUCGGCGCAGGCCCGGCAGGCUUGAUGUGCGCUCAAGCAUUAGCUAGAGCUGGUAUCAAGGUCCGCAUUGUUGACAAGAGGUACGUAGGCGAUGGUGCAAGUUAUGGUAUGGGAGAACGUAUGCUUCGGGAAGGUAUACAAGUGCAUAUGGCGGCAUUUUACAAUCCGGGACCUAGCGGUGGGAUUGAGCGCUCAGGCCGUGCGCCAGAUGUCACAGCACCCACGGCCCGCUACCCGUUCGAGAUGACUGUGCACCAGGGUGCAAUAGAGGACAUGUUUCUAGACGCCUUAGAUUCCAUGGGUGUCCAUGUGGACAGGUCAAUAGCCCCAUCUUCAAUAGACAUUUCCGAGGAUCAAGCGGUGUUGCGAGACCCACAUGCGUACGCUGUUACUGUGCGUCUUGCCAAAAUUUAUUACCUUUGCAAGGUUGUUGACAUCCCUAUCGCUCUCAUUCAAGAAGUCGUACAUGCGAAGUACGUGCUUGGUGCUGAUGGCGCUCAUUCAUGGACCCGACGAAGGUUUGGAAUUGCCAUGGAGGGUGACAUAACAAAUUAUGUUUGGGGCGUCGUGGAUAUGGUCCCUGACACCGACUUUCCGGACAUCCGUAACAGAACAGCUAUUCAUUCCAAUAACGGUUCUUGCAUGGUUAUUCCCAGGGAGAGGGAUAUUAUCCGGAUUUACAUCCAACUUACCGACGAGGAUAUCAAGCGGGUGACUAACCCCGAAACCGGGCGACCGGAUAUCAAGUUCUGCAACGCCGACAUCCUGUUGGACGUUGCGAAUAGGUCCUUCAAACCUUACUACGUCAAGCCUGCCGGAGAGAUUGAGUGGUGGACUCUGUACAUCAUCGGCCAGCGGGUGGCCUCUCAAUUCUCCGUCAAUGACCGAGUAUUCAUCGCUGGGGAUGCCUGUCAUACCCAUUCACCGAAAGCAGGCCAGGGCAUGAAUGCCAGUAUGCAGGAUUCGCACAACCUCGCAUGGAAAAUCGCACACGUCCUCCGCGGUUGGGCUGACCAGUCAUUACUCUCGACCUAUGAGAUCGAGCGGCGCAAGUUUGCACAAGACCUCAUUAAUUUCGACCGUAAAUUCGCAACUCUGUUCUCUGGCAAGCCCAGGACGGAGGAUAGCGAGGACGGUGUGUCCCAUGAAGAAUUUGUGAAUGCAUGGAAGACCUUUGGCAACUUCAGUAGCGGCAUCGGCGUCCACUAUCCCGAGUCCGCCGUCGUGAAUGUCGUACACCAGUCAACCACUCGCAACCUCGUCAUCGGCCAACGCAUGGUUCCCCAGACCAUCAUCCGCGUCGCCGACGCCUGGCCGUUCGAUAUGCAGGAUAUGCUUCCCGCAGACACUCGGUUCAAGGUAGUGGUCUUCACCGGGGACCUGUCGGACGACGUGCAGAAGGAGAAGGUCAAUAUCCUUGCGCAGGAGCUGGACAAGCCCGAUAGCUUCCUGAAGACAUACCCGCCGAAAGGAGCCUCGACUGAGUCGGUCUUCGACAUUAUCAGCGUUAUGGCAGGUAGUAAGAUGGUCGUUGACUAUACGGAUGUGCCCGAACUCCUUCGGCCGCACUGGUCAAAGGUGUUCGUCGACGACGUCGAUUUCUCUGGCAGGACGGGUGGCAACGCCUAUCAAACCUAUGGUAUCGACAGCCACGGUGCGAUGGUGAUCGUUCGUCCCGACCAGUUCGUCGGCAUGGUCGCCCCUCUCAAUAAGGUCAACCAUAUCAACCAAUACUUCGCGUCUUUCCGGAGCAAGGCUUAG